AACAGUCAGCAGUCAGUUAUUCGUUUUGCGUGUCUGAGAGCAGAGGUGCGUGCACGCGGCAUGCUUCGUGUCCGACGAGUGGCUAGCCGAUUGUGAGAGAGGAGCGCGAGUGUCCGACAAUGGCUUGUGCGUGGGUGCUGCUGCUGGCGGCCGUGACACUGGUCGCCGCCGAAGACCUGCCCGGCGGAGUCAUCACGGGCACGCAGCGGCUGGACAGAGGCCCGUACAACGUGAUGAACGACAUCGUCGUCGCCGAGAAGGGACAGCUCGAACUGGGGCCGGGCGUGCAGCUUAGGUUCUACCCCCGCACCGGAAUCAUCGUCCACGGCAUCCUAAGGACGCAGGGCACACCAGAAAAUAAAGUGGUGCUAACAGCAGCGGAAGAGCCUCGGAAGAAACUGGUGAGGCCAACCCUAAGGCUGGUGGAUGGACCAUCGCCGUUGGCGGGUCGUCUGCAAAUGUUGUACAAAGACCAGUGGCGCUCAAUCUGCACGAAUUCUAGAAAUUGGACGAUCUCAGAUGUGAACACUGCGUGUCGCCAAAUGGGUUACAACGGGGGCAAAUGGUGGGCCUGGUUGGAUCGGCAAACAGGUCAGCCCAAACCUCGGCUUUUGCUCGAAGUGCCGAAUUGUAGCGGAUCCGAAAACACCGUCCAAGAGUGCUCAAGCUGGUCGUCCAGACAGAUGGGAGCCGGAGUUUGUGAUUACCACCCUGAUUUGGGCCUAGAGUGCGAUCCGUACCACGUGAUAAAUCGGGUGUCGCAGCACUGGCGCGGGGUAGUCUUCGAGAACGCCAGGCACGAGCGAGUGCUGGUGCACGAGAACAAGCUGUAUGUGAGCAUGUCGCAGUCCGAGCUGCGCAACACCGAGAUCCGGUUCGCAGGGGUGACCGCUGAGGGAGGAGUGACGGCCGCCCUGCAGGUGCACGGCGUGCCUCCCAGGGUGGACGGCCUCACGGUCAUGCACUCUGCGUACCAUGGCGUUAACAUCACCAGACCGACCGCGCCCAUCCGCCUACUCAGCUCCAACAUUGUUCAAAAUGCAGGUUUUGGAAUCUACAUGAACAGCUCAACCGGCCUAGCGCACUUAGUGGGCACCACCGUGUCCGAAAACGGUGCUGAUGGCAUCCGGUACAUCAACCACGACGAAGUUCCAGACAAGAAAAUCAUCGACGGCGCUGAUGUUUUUGAUUUUUGCACAUUCCCCAUCACAAACAGCCAAACUUUUCCCAUCCCCAUCUUCGCCGAGCAGAGAAAGUACAACCCCGUAGAUAAAGACUGCAACAAGUCUUUCUUCACUAAAGAGAGUCAACUGCUGACCCUGAAGUUUCUUUCCGUCGAGACGGAGCGUAACGAGAGUGCCACCAUCGAAGUGUUUGACGGCACGAGUGCUUCUGAUAGACUACUUGCCAAAUACAUUGUCAGAAAUGGCACUUUUGCUCAAAGUGUGACCAGCACUCGGAACACCAUUUUCAUCCGGUUCAAGGCUCAGCCGAACACGUACAACUUGAUUUACAUGCAACUGAUUUCAAGCCACAAAAAAGCGUUUGAUCUGAACAUCACUGACUGCGUAAUUUCGGACAACAAUGGCCGUGGAAUUGGCGUCGAGAACAUGCGCAGCGUCGUGCACCUGCACAACAGCUCUGUGUCGAACAACAACCACGUUGCAGGUUUGCAUGUGAUAACCGGCGUCGGCGACGUGAACAUCACGGACAGCCGAAUCGCCUUCAACCUGGGCGACGGCGUCAACAUCACCCACUCUGGCGGAAGCAGGAACAUAACGCGGUCACUCAUCAGCUCUAAUAAGGGUUACGGCGUGGCCGUUUACAAUAACGUCACCGAGGCGUAUGUGCCCUUCCUGCAGGAGACGAUCGUGUCCCACUCUGUGAUCUACAAGAAUCUGGAAUCGGGAAUUUUGGUCGGCAAUUUCUGCACCGCUGCGCUGGUCAACAUUUCUGCAAAUUGGUUCAAUGACAGCUCCCAACCUGCAGUAGAUAUUCAGACUUGUUGGAAGCCUGUGAACCAAAGUGAUUUAGUCACCUUGCAGAUUGGACACAAUAAUUUCAUUUCGAAUCGUCUCGGUUUGAGGAUUUUCCCAGCUGUGAACCUAAAGGGCUUGGUGGAGUACAACUAUUUUACCCAGCAUACAUAUGGUGCUUUGCAAAUUUACAACGGACCACUGGAAGAGUUGGAAACUCUGCCAACAGAUCUCGUAGUGCAGUACAACGAAAUUAGUGAAAAUUCUGGCGUUUUCGCGGUCACCCUUAGCUUGUCUCCUUACGGCGAAGGACAGCACCUGCUGUUCACAAGAAACUUUGUCCGCGAUAAUGCUAUAUCCGAGCCAUUUGAGAACCUACAGCCAAGGAGUAGAAUUGCCGCCCCAGUCGUCGUAGGCUCUGCAAAUGUGGACGUCUUCAGAAACAUACUGCAAAAUCAUAUUUCAAAAUAUGAAAUUGGGUCACGGCUACAAGAUCAAAGCAAAACGAUCAACUGCACUUAUAACUGGCUGGGAUAUAGCAAUGAAAAGAAUAUAUAUGAUAGGUUAUUUCAUCGUAAAGACCGUUUCGAUCUUGCCGAGAUAAAGUACAUCCCAUAUUUGCUGCACAGUAGCAACCCGUCGACCAAUACCAUCAUCAGCCAGCCUACCUACGUGCCUGAGUUCAUUGAAGAUUCAGAAGUUGGAGGAGAAGUGGAUGGACAGUUGACCCUCAAGUCUGGGGAGUACCUUGUGACGAAGGACAUUAGCGUCAGGGUUGGUGGUCGAUUGACCCUUCAGUCAGGAGUGACGCUCAAAUUUUUGCCCUCUGUGGGCUUCAUGGUGGCCGGCAAACUAGAGGCCAGGGGCAGGACCGCCAAUGACAUCCGAAUGACCCUGGAAGAACAAGAGCCGUUGAACGAAACCGUCGCCAAUGUGAGGUUGUUAGGUGGAAAGACGGAACGGGAAGGAAGAUUGCAAGUGAAAAUCGGCGAGAAUUGGGGCACCGUUUGCAAUUACAACUGGCACAUUCGAGCUGCUGAGCUUGCCUGCCACCAAUUGGGCUUGGUUUUAAACCCUGACGACUGGUUCCUGGAGAGAGCGGACAUUCCUGAAGCAGGAACUUCAGAGCCAAUCUUUAUGUCCAAUGUUCAGUGCAACGAAGACGAUCUCGACCUGACUCUCUGCAGAGCUGAGCGUGAAGGGGAUUUUGAGAACUCGUGUACUCAUGAAAAUGAUGUCGGCCUGCGCUGUUACGAGCCUUCCUGGGCUGGCAUGAGACUUGGCGUCCUGGCGGAGAGAUGUGACCUGCAGUACAUCACAAUUGAAAAAGCAGGUUUGCUGGACUACUCGACCAGCAGAUUCAAACCCGCCCUGCAAAUGGACCUGGCCAGACACGCCCUUCACAACAUCAAGGUCAUCAACAACAUGCACGAUGGCCUGGGCGUCAUCUACUCAGACCUGUUUUCGUCUGAUGCAGCUAACACGGUCACUGACUCUGAAUUCAGCGGAAACGCAGGGAACGGGGUCAGCUUAAAGCAGCUUGGUCUCACCAUCACUGGCUGCACAAUCGAAAAGAACGGUGCUGCAGGCAUCAAUCACGAUCCUGAAGUGACAAACAAGCAACAGAGGGAACUUGCUGGGUGGUUUGUUCCUCCUGUGAUUGUCGACUCUUCCUACUACAACCCAUAUAGGCCUAUUACACUGCCUCAAACAGGAGGAGAAAUUGAAUUGAAAAAUGAAGAGAGCAAGUACGUCAUCACUACGAGAGCGGACACCAACGAGCGGCGCCAGCUCCACGUCCGCUGCACCCCUGGCUAUGUGGUGGGAAUCCAACUGCUCAAUCCGAUCCAUAAUCGCAGCACAGAGCAAAUUCUGAUCCACGACUCGCACACCACCGGCAGAGUGGACGUCGACGUGUGGAACCUGCGAAGGGACCUGACUGUUUUCCCAAUUUCAAGCAGCUCUUACGGAAUAAUCAUAGAAUACUCCAGCGGCACCAACGCUAUAGGGGGUGCUGUUCUCUUACUCUCCUCUAUUGUGGCACCUGUGCAAAAUGUUCCAAACAGAAUUGUGCGGGGAAAGGUUCCGACCCUGGAGGUGCUGCAGACAAAGAUCAAACACAACCGGAAAGGAGUGACAGCCAGGUUCUACAACCGGUACCUGAAUGACAUAGGAGAUCAUUACCUCAGAAAAGCCAAUGAAACAAUCAAGAUGUUCCAUUGCGAAAUUUCCCACAACCAGGAGGAAGCGGUGUUUGUCUACUCUCCUUAUUGGGAUGUGCACACCUCAAACAUCUCUGAGAUCAAGUUUAUGAUCAAUAGCAGUUUGAUCACGGACAAUGGCAAAGGAAUCACACAGUUCAGCCGAGAUCUGCGUAGCUCAAAUAAUCUUUUCCAUUGGGUUCUGCAAGACAAUACGCUGGAGAGAAACGCUGCUGGAGGUUUCCAUAUUUCAUUGCCUUACGUGUGGCAGUACAACGAAAACUUCACCCACUCCUUAUAUCUAGCAAACAACACAUUUAGAAGUAACAAGGAAUUCAGAUUUGUUAUCGACGGCCACUUUGCUCAGUUUAACAUGACAAGCAACAAGUUUGUGAACAACAACUGUAAGACAGGACUCAUCUCUAUUCGCGGAAUGGAAAAGCAAAUGCGAAUCGACAACAACGAAAUUGAGAAAAAUAUCGGCAAAUUCAUGGUCGAGUUUCACAUUGACAGUCAAUCAGAAAUCCUAGGAGAGGUCAGGGCCAAGUUUGUUUACAACAAGGUUCAGGGCAACAGAAUCGAGAAUGUCCUUGACCGAAGGUUCCAGAAGCUCACAAACCCCUCAUAUACCAUCGGAUUCAAUGGAAUCCAGAAAGUAGAUGUGAAGCGAAACUUGCUUGGCGAAAAUAAAUUGGAUUACGAGUUGUUGGCUGGCAUUAAGACUGCAAAGAUAAAAAAUACGGUUAAUGUUGCUGAAAACUGGUGGGGCAAUUCUGACGUGAAUAUGAUUAAGGAACGCAUAUUCGAUUUUGAUGACUGGAAUAAUCAUGCUGUGGCCGAUUUCCAACCAUAUCUGUUGGAGAACGACCGCCAGGGAUCUCUUUCAUCUAUUUAUGAGGCCCCCUCAACUUUGGUGACUGAGUUCCUGGGAGGCAGGCUGACCAAGAACUUGGUUCUGAGCUACAGAGAACGCCCUUAUGCAGUCAAAUCAGACUUGACUGUGAUGCCAGGAGUUAUUUUGACUAUUGCUCCUGGCGUUAUUCUGGAAUUCGCCCCAAAUGUUGGAAUCUUGGUCCUUGGUGUGUUAAGAGCCCAGGGCAACAGGAAUCAGGAGAUUGUUAUGCGACCUGAGAGACCGCCAAAAACAUUUGAAAGUGAAACACGCAGUAGGACGUCAGGAGAGCAAUACUUCAAGCCUAGAUACUCUGAUUCCAUUAGACUGUGCAGUGGGCCAAAAUGCCAGCCAAAUGCAACAGAAGGUUUUGUGGAGUACUUCAACCGAACCACCUUGCAGUGGGUGCCUUUGUGUGACUCAAGAUUCACUGAGAGAAAUGCAGAGGUGGUCUGCAGAGAAUUGGGAUACGAUCCUCUCAAUGUUUAUUUCCACCACGGCGAGAGAGUCGAGUACCACUCAAAUUCCCUCACAAGAAUCUGGUCGUGGCCUGAGCCACUGCAGUGCUCUGGAGAUGAGUCUAGAUUAGAAGACUGCCCCAUUCGACUUAAUGGCCAGUUGUUUGGUCAUCGGCACGAGUGCUUCUGGAACAGUGAAUUCGUUUUCAUCCACUGUGGAAAGCGAAAUCUUGAAGCGGGACUGAACUACUGGGGAGGCGUCAGAUUUGCGCAUCCCGAUUUUGAGUACAAUCUGUACGAGCACCGCAUUCACGACGCUGCUACCCAUGAAACUAUUAAAAAGGAAGAGUCGAUCCUUGAAUUCGUAAACAUCACUGGAGCAGGAGUUUUGCACGGUGAAAAAGCGCCAGCUGUUCAGAGCAUCAUCAGAUCGCCCAGGAUUUCCCACUUGAACAUCAAUCAAAGUGCCUCCCAUGGAAUAAAUUUGGUUUCUCCUACAGAUACUAUGAGAAUGAGGUUCAACAGGAUCAUUGACUCUCUGGGAGUUGGAAUGUCAGUUGUCUCGCUGACUGGAGAGGGUCGAGAAAGUUCAGAGAGCUCAUUUGUGCCAUUGAAGGAAAUCCAUCUGCCGUUUGGAUUGUUUAGCAUGAUCGACAUUUGCGACUCGCAGAAAGAAGUGAUCAUAGAAGAAAGAGUUCUGCUCUACUACAAGUACGACAACAACCCUGUCAAUUGUGUCAAAAUCUUCAAUAGCGUUUACAGAGUCAAACCUUUUGGCUUCCGGCUUCUGCAAUUCAAUCUUUUUAACUCGACUAACAAACCUGGCAAGCCAGACAGCAUUUCUUUGUUUGACGGCGACAUUUACAACAUUACCACGACCAAAAUCUCAGAUAUCACAGUUGGCUCCAACAACGAAAAACAGCUUUUUAGAACACUUGGUCCAAGUCUCAGUGUUAAACUUUUCGCUAAUGGUGCCAGCUCGGUUCACGGGUUUAUUGCUGAAAUUGUCACACUACCUAUUUCGGCAAUUGGCUUUGAUCGGGAGACACAGCACAACAUUUCCUACUCGAUCAUCAGCAAUAAUCGACAAGGCGCUAUCCAUUACGCAAGUGCGGGCGAGGUUAACCCUACUGUCACCAUAGAGUGGUCCCAGUUUGACGAGAACUGCCUCAAACUGUACGGAAAUUUCACCAGCUGCAAAUCUGCGAUCAACAUGGAUGUCCAAAACACUCAGAACAUUUACUUUAGGAACAACCUGGUGAGGAUGAACCAAGGAGGACUGGCGAUCAGGGCCGACUCUAGAGGAUCAGCUACCUCACUCAAGGGCUAUAUUCACAACAACCUUUUCACAGACAACAUGAACAGACCAACGAUUUACAUUGAAGGCCGCCAAAGCAGUCCCUAUCAGGAAGUGACAAUUUAUCGAAAUUACUUCACAAGAAGCUCUGUUCCCUUCGAAAAUGUUAUUGUAUUGAAACAGGUUGUUUCUAACUUCACAUUCAACUACUUGCACAACAACCUUGGCAGACACAUCCUGGAAGUAUCUGGUUUUGAGAAGGUCAGACUACCUAUUUACCAAACUACCUCGCACAAUGGAUUUUACGAAAAUUACGCCAUUGAUUUGGAGUCGAGGGGCACCAUCAUUGCUGGCACAGCUGGCCAACACUAUGUGGACAAUAUUUUGCUCAACCCAGCCAAUGACUAUGAAAUUGUAACCGUCAACAGAUCACUGGCUGGGAUAAAUAGCAGUCUGGACGUCUGGAAGACUCCUAUCGACGCCAAGCAUAACUGGUGGGGCUACAACAACACUUUGGCAGUGAUGGGUAGAAUCAAGGAUCGCAGGGACGACCUCGACCUGCUGGAAGUCGACUUUGAGCCUUUCCACAUGAGCAAUCGCACCAUUCUCAGCGGGAAGUGUCCGCCCGGCUGGACCCUGGUCGGAGACACGUGCUAUAUUUACAUCGGAGCGCCCAUGACGUUUGCAGAAGCAAAAGAAUUUUGCAGAUCUGACAACGCCACCAUGCCGUACGUGAUGACAAACUACUUUGCCCUGUACCAGUUCCUGCGGCACCAGCAGCAGUAUUACAUGUACUACGACAGGGUUUGGGUGCAGCACUUGAACAAGAUCAACAAGUGCACUGCCUUCACCUAUCAAACAAUUGAAGAGGACCACUGUGAUCAGCUUCUGCCAUUCCUUUGUGAAAUUGAUCCUAAGGUUUACAUCGACCCCUACGCUUGGACUCAAGAUGUUGUGACUAUUGCCGUCAUGGGUUUCAUUGGUGUGGCCAUCAUUCUGGUCCUCCUGAUUGCCGGCUUGUGGUACACAAAGUCGAAAAAGAGGCACGUAGAGCGACUCGAGAGGAGAAACUCCAUCAGGGCUUCCAUGCACUCCCUUAGAUCAAUCAACUCAUCGCACGGAUUCACAGAGCUUGGCUACAGAAGAGCCGCGGCUCAGCGGUCGACCUCCACUUUGGCAACUAACGUGCGGGAAUACAAGAAGAUGAACGGCAGCAUUGAUUCAAUGGACAAGUCUCAAUUCAACUCUUCCGUUGAGGACGCCCAAUCCUACGACAUCUACGAGGCUCACAACCCACACGCUGCCUCUUACGGAUAUCCGGAGUACAACAAAUACGCCCGCGACCCUAAGUUUGAAAACGAAGCAGUGAACGCGAUGGUGACUCCGCCCUUCGACUUGUCCUUCCGCAACGAAGGCUUCAAGGACAACUCUACCUUCGCCUCCAGGGAGCCUUUAGAUCAUCCCUCGGUCAGUUACAGGGUGGAGCGACGGCCUACUCCACCUGACAGCCACUACAACGAUUCCACAUUGCCCAUGGGCAGCAGGAGUUUUGACAUGGAGAAGAACAGAGAGCUAGAUGAAACGGUGAGCGAAAUCCACAGCGAGCUGAUGCUGCCCUCGGCCACCCCAACAACUCUGGCCGACCCCCGCGACUCUUACACCCCCUCCACCCUACCUGACCCGCAUUACUACAACGGCCAUUCGACACCAGACCCUUACUUCUAUGGCAACAAGACGCCAUUUGAGACAAAUUUAGACGAGGACAGUCCACCUCCGAGACCAAAGAGUCACAUGAUUCUGGAAACGGACCUGGACUCAAUGCAGCCUGCUCCACGCUCCAAGAGCGAGGCCCUGCUGGAGACCACCUUUGACUUCCAGCCGCAGGACGCCAGACAGGACUUCCUGAGCAGAGCGGCGCGCAGCAAGAGCCAGCCGCUCGAGACAGCCAUGUGAGACUGAUAUGGACAAUUUUUUAACUGACGAAAGUUGAUUGUGUUCAGCAUCGAGACUCUACGAUGUUUCACUAGUUGAGAGACACAUAAAAUAUUCAUUGUUAUGUACAUAAUAGCCUUAACCAGUGCCUUCUUGUGCCCUUUAUGUGUAAUGUGAUAUGGCCAAAUUUAGCGAUGGAUCACGUAUCUCUGCCCUGAGAAAGGUUAGUGUGAGUGAAUGAAAGAUACGUGUGCCAGUACGAUAAUUGAUGCUGCAAGCUUUUGUAGGUAAACCGUUCAUUGAGAUCUCCACGUUUUUAUAUCUUUGGACUCUAGCAUUUCUACAAGUUAUGAAAGAUGAAAUAUGCUUAUGAGAAUAAAGAAAAAUGUAAAUAUUAACUGUAAGAGAGGAUCAGUAUUGAAAAUAAAAUAUUUUCAUAUAACUUUUAAAACUA